AACACUUACACUGACAAUUCUAGCGAAUAGGCAAGGGACAUCGGGCGUCCUUUUGUCUCCAACAUUAGAAGAGGCAUUUAGACUUCAACAGCAUAUAACCGCCCCCCGAUUCCCCCCUCCCAGACAGAUUUGCCCCAGCACCUCCUCUACAUUGGCCCAGCAGCGACUGAACAGCGUCCUUGCACUUUACUAGGCUGUAACCACUGCCAUCAGCUCAACUUCUUCAGCAUCGUUUCAGCUGUCUCUGCCGCUGCUGCCGGAGCUUACCAGCCUAUCUUUAGUCUCCCUGCCCAGUCCUUUGGCUGUCUACAGCGGAUACACAUUCGUCCAUCGUUUGUUUUCUCCAAUUAGAAACAGGCGUAUGUGUGUUUUUUGAUCAAUCUAAGGACAUUUCCCAUAGAUAAGAACAGUCUGCGCCAAAAGACGGGCUUCGGGUAUUACCCAAAGAUACAUCACCGAGGUUAAGUUUGAGCACUUCCACAUCAAGCCACAAUCAUGGAUGAGAUGGACUUGCCCCAAAUGAAGAAGGAGGUAGAAAGCCUCAAGUACCAGCUGGCCUUCAAAAGGGAGAAAUCUUCAAAGACAGUGACAGACCUGGUGAAGUGGAUCGAGGAGUGUGUGCCCGAGGACCCUUUCCUGAAUCCCGAGCUGAUGAAGAACAACCCAUGGGUGGAGAAGGGCAAGUGUGUGCUUCUAUAAAAGAGUAGCAGCAGCAGCGGUCGCCCCAGCCCUCCGUCUGAGCCUCCACCAGCCUGACAGGAUCCCACGGCGCUUGCUCUCUGUUUCAUUCCCUCAUCAUGAAUGUACAGCAGUUUAGCAUCCACUGCACAAAAAAAAAAAAAAAAAAAAAAAAACACAAACACACACAACACUAGCUCGAUAUAGUCAGAAUUUGACACUUUGACAUGCAUUACUAUUAUAUUUAUAACCAUCGAUAUAUCUUUAUAUGCAGUUAGUGGAAUUUCUCUUUGACUUCAGUGUUGUCGCCGCUGCUUGCGCGCUUGAUCUUAAGUUCAGGCAUGUAGUGUCAACAUGGAAAUGCCAGAAAAGGCCUGUUAGACAACAUACUGCAUGACAGAGGUGAAAGGAAUUGCCUCAAAAAGGCAAAGGCAGCAAAUUUGUGAGUUUCCCUCUGUUACGCAGCAUGUUCAUCUCUCCUGCAGGCUCGUGUACUAUUUACACCACACUCAGCACUCUCACAGACCAUUUUUCAAAUAUGUACAGAUCGUUUUAAUUUAUUAACUUAUUUAUGAUCAUUAAUUUAUUUAUUUAUGGUUUGCAUCACCACCGAAGCUGUCGGCGCCGACUGCUUUAGAAGCUACAAUGGACCUGCUGUUGUUCAACUGCACCCUUCCUUCCUUGAAAGCUAAAGGAUAAAAAAAAAAAAAAAAAAAAAACGCAUCUUGCCAGGUCACCAUCGAAUACUGCCUUGUACACAAUUUCCUUAAAAAGAAUGUAUGUGUGUUGUGAGGGACUUGUAAACCAUCAGCACCCUUAAGCAUUGAAUGGAUAUGCAAACGGAGAGGUUGUGCACUGGCCAAGGCUUUUUUUUUCUUAGAUUAAUAGCUCAAUCUGCACUUAUGGCAAGGAUGUGGGAUUAAUUUAUGACUUUUGAUUUGUUCAUGUUUUUAUAUAUUCAAACAGUAGAAAUCUGUCUAAUUAUCUAGAGGUGUGUUACAUACGAGAAUGCUUUGAGAAAAUAUGCAUAAGAUCAAGUACUAGUUUAAUAACAAGCAAUAAGUGAUUACAUUUUUUUAUUGAAUGUUUUACAAAACAUCUUAUUGAAUAAAGUAGAGGAUUUUUAGACAGC